AUGGCUGAGAGGCAGCCAGGCAUGCUUCCAAGUAACACAGAGUCUAAUCCAAGGGAGCAUGCCAAGGAACUUUCUAGUCCAUCUAAGCCUUUCACUAAUGAUGAUUCUGAUGUGCAGGUGGAUGAGUCGAAAAAGAAAGACAAGCCUGAGGAGAAAGAAAAGGGAGCAGUUGAAGAGGAGGAUUUGAAGAAGAUCCCCUCGAGGCCAUACCAACCUCCCAUUCCAUAUCCUGCAAAACUCAAGCAGGAUAAAGUUGAUCAGCAAUUCGCUAUUUCGCAUAUGCCAAAGUAUGCGAAGUUUUUAAAAGAAAUUCUAAGCAACAAGAGGAAGUUAGAGGAUUUAGGAUUGGUGACCUUGAAUGCAGAAUGCUCAACAGUGUUUCAGAGCAAGAUUCCAGUCAAACGACGCGAUCCAAGGAGUUUUACUAUACCUUGUUUGAUUGGGGAUAAAUUGAAAUUGCUAGCAUUAGCUGAUUUGGGACCUAGCAUCAAUUUGAUGCCUAGUUCAUUGUUUGAGGAGUUAGGACUAAGCACUUCUAAGCUAACUCCUACUAGGAUGAGUAUACAACUAGCAGACAGAACUGUUAAGUACCCAAAAGGGAUUAUAGAGGAUGUGCUAGUUAAAGUUAACAAAUUUAUAUUUCCUGUGGAUUUUGUUGUCAUGGAUAUGAAUGGUGAGAGUGAUGUCCCAUUGAUCCUAGGUAGACCAUUUUUAGCUACAUCUAAAGCUUUGAUAGAUGUUAGUAGCGGAAAGCUGGAACUUAGGGAAAUAAUGAUUGAUGAUCCUUUGCAAGUGGCGAUGCAAGAAAAUGAGGAUAAUUUAUCCAAUGAACAAGUGUUGGAGCAGCUAGAGCACUUAUUAGCUGCUGAUGUUAAUGAUGAAAAGACUGAUGGUUUUGUUGAUCUUGACAGGUCAGGAGUAAAGAAGCUGAAGCCUUCUUUGGAGGAGCCGCCCGUUCUUGAGUUGAAAGAGUUGCCAGCGCACUUAAUGUAUGCCUACCUAGAUGAAGCAAAGCAAUUACCGGUUAUUAUUUCCGCUUAUCUCACACCUGAGGAGAGGGAGAUGGUGUUGUGUAUUUUGAAAAGGUAUGCAAAGGCAUUUGCGUAUAAGACGGCUGACAUACUAGGAAUAAACUCGAGUUACUGCUUUCAUAAGAUUUUGAUGGAGGAUGAGUUCAAACCGGUGGUGCAGCCAUAA